GAAAGUUGGUGGCCUUUGACAAGCACUACAACAUGGUAAUGGCCGACUGCGAAGAACGGUUCACCGUCCCGCACUUUCGGAUACCCAAGGACAAGACUGCACCUGUGGCAUUUAGUUUAGGUCACCCCUACAUAGGCGAUCCACCUUGGCCUGCGGCUCGAGGGUUUGUGUGGAGGUAUCGGAAGACAAAGCAGAUCAUGCUGAGGGGAAGCAGUAUUGUGUCGGUGGCUCCAUUGAUUUGAUAUAGGAC